AUGGGUUUCUACGAUGAGAUGAAGAACACCUAUGGAGAGGUAACAGUUAGAGACCUCAAAUCUUGGGCGAACCUGAACACCAGAUUGGCAAAAGCAAGAUGCAGAAGGAACUUCCUACUCAGAUGCCGAUCAACUGGCGUCAUUCCAAGACACAUCAAGCAGAACAUUAAAUGUAUUAACAAUUUGAUAGGCGACAACACAGGGGACAACAGAAGAGCUCUCGCACUGAGCAAUAAGGUAUCUUCUACUCUGCUCAAUCUUGAAAUAUCGGUCACUAUCAGAAAGAUCAACUCGCUGCAUGCAGGCAUUAAGCAUAUCCGUGAAAGAUUGAUCCUUGUUCUUCCUAUACGUAUUAUAUCCAUUUUUGAACAGACUCAGUCUAGGUCCUCAGAUAGGAUCACUGUCUUUUCCACCAACGUUCUCAAACGCAAGUUUGAUUCCUUGAUUGAUAAAUCCAUCUCGGAUCUGAAAGUUAAAGAUUCGUGGUUUGCCAAUUUAACAGAUCAUGUUUUCCCACGGGACAUUAAACAUUUGCUUAGUCUUGGUCCCAAGUUUGCCCAUUCUGUCCCCUCUAAUAUUUUGUCAAUUAAAUCUUUAUUGGCUGACUCCGAGUAUCUUGUGAGGUUGGCUCCACAGGAAUCGCAGGACUUACUCCGGGCUAAAUCUACCAAUGCCAUCACCAAUUUCAUCCACCAGGCUUGGAAGAAGAAUAACCCACAAUACGGACUCUUUUGCAAGACAAAAAGGUUCCUGAAGGACAAUGAUGACAUCGUCAUAACGAUGGCAGAUAAGGGCAAUGUCACAGUAGCCAUCACAAAGCAACAAUAUGAAGAGAAGCUCUUGAAUAUCGUCGAGGACACCAACGUUUAUAAGAAAUUAAACUCAGACCCCACAUCGAGGUAUCAGACAAAGAACAACAGCCUUGUCAAGGAUCUCAAAGACCAAGCAUACAUCAGUGCCACCACGGCGAGACAAUUGAAUAACUACAAAGGCAUUUCUCCCACUAUCUACGGUCUACCAAAGAUCCAUAAAGAGGGAACUCCUCUCAGACCUAUCGUCUCCACCAUUAAAUCCCCAACAAGUGAACUUAGCAAGUUUGUCGCCGACAUCCUCAAGUCAGCUUUCAAGGACGACUUCCACACUUGGGCAGUCAAAGAUUCUUUCGAUUUUGCGGAGAAGGUCAACAAUUUGCAGAUUCCUCCAGACCAUGAGAUCCUCUCGUUGGAUGUUAUCAGUCUUUUCACCAAUAUUUCCUGGGAGUUAACGGAGAAGAUAAUAGUGGACAAUUGGAGCAGGAUUGAGGCCGUCACGAAUAUUCCUAGGCCUAAAUUUGUUAACCUAUUGAAGUUCCUGUUCGAUUCCAACUAUUUUAAAUAUAAAGGUGAAUUUUACUCUCAAAUCUUUGGGUGCCCGAUGGGCAGCAUCCUCAGCCCAACUUUGGCAGCUCUGGUGAUGACGGUGUUGAUCGGUUACUGCCUUAGCAAACUAUCCUUCAUUCCGGCAUUCUUGUUCCAGUAUGUUGAUGACAUUAUAUUGGCCAUUCCUUCAAAUAUGAAAGAAGAACUCCUAAGGAUCUUCAACUCCUUCAACCCACAUAUACAGUUCACCAUAGAAGAAGAGAAAGACAGAUUUGUCCCAUUCCUGGAUACCAAAAAAGCCGACCAGCUCAGGAAGAUAUGUCCACUUCAAUUCAAGCCAUGA